AUGUCGCAUCACUGCCACGACGAGCACGCUGGCCACGGGCACGGCCACGGCGACGACCACGGGCACGUACACGACCAUAGCGACGACAUCACACCGGCGCUGCAGUCGCUACUGUACGAACAAGUCGACUUCGCGGGCGUCAACACGCUGAACGAGGAGACGCCUCGCGCAGGCGCCGCCAUCCUGCAAAAGACGUGGACGCAACGCCUGGAACCCGAGCCAGAGCUAGCCAGCGAUGCCGACGAGCAGCUGCUCAUGCUCGUUCCCUUCACCGGCCAAGUCCGCCUCCACGCCAUCCUGCUCCGCACCAGCGCCACCUCGUCCGCGCCCAAGACGCUCAAAGUCUUCCUCAACCGCGACGACCUCGACUUCGGCACCGCGUCCGACCUGCAGCCGACGCAGACGGUCGAGCUCUCCCAGACCAACGACGUCCAGGAGCUGCCGGUCAAGCGCGCCCUCUUCAACACCACCCGCUCGCUCGCCCUCUUCUUCGAGGACAACUUCGGCCAGGGCGACGAGGACGUCACCCGCAUCAGCUACCUCGCCUUCAAGGGCGAGUUCAUGAAGCUGAACAAGGAGCCCGUCAACUUCCUGUACGAGGCUGCUGCCAACCCGUCGGAUCACAAGGUCAAAGGAACGAGCGCAUUGGGUAUGGGAAGCGGCAUCGGUGGUCCAGGUGGCGGCAGAGACGGAGCUUAG